AUGGCAAACGUAGUAAACAAUCACCGUUUAUUAUCACCAAAACAGGAUGAUUUCACAUGGAGUGGAAAAGAUCGCUCCCAGUCUACUGAAAGCAAGGCUGGUCGAUUUUGGGACCUGAUCGAUGAGAGUAAACAACCUUGGCCGUAUACUCAACCCGUCAUCAAUUCGAUAAGAUAUCGACAGAAGGAAAUGGAAGGCGAGCUAUUCAUUCACUUGCUAUUAAAAUUUGCCGGAGUUGAUCCAACUUUAUAUCCUCCAGCGGAAAGACCAGCUUUAAAGGAAUUAUCCGACGCUAUAUAUAGUAGUAAAAAUAUAAAUGAAUUGCAGGCUCAUUGUUUGAUGUAUUACAUACUAAGGGAUUGGAAUGGGAGUCCUCAUCAAAAAUAUGUUGUUAGAUAUCUGAUCCCUUAUGGGUGGAUUUCAUUAAUGGAUGGUUUUUGGUCGUUGGAUCAAUGGAAUUUUGAGGAAGCGAUUCGUUUUCUAGGUGAACCAGAGGUUAAAAAAGUCGAUUAUAAUCGUAAAGUCAUUCAAACUCUGUUCAACCAUUCAGGACCUCGUGAAGCAAUGAUGUAUGUUGAUAUCACAAAGCCGGAUUUAUCGUCAAAGAAAGAGGAUGCGGAACUUUUACUUGAUUUAUUAAUGCGAUGCGAUUUAAUAGAGACAUUAUUUUACUUGCGAAACCUACCUGAAGAAUUUGAUAAGGGCUCAUUAUUUCGAAAGUUAUUAGACUAUUGCUUUAACGAAGUACCACGUGCUGACAAAUUAAAUAAGUUAUUAUCUUUUCCAUUAAAUAAAGAGGAAGAGUCUGUCUUGGAAGAUUAUUGUUUAAAGAGCGAUAAUCCAGUUUGCUUGGAAUUCUAUGUGAUGUACGCUGUUCAUCAUGAUCGUAAAAUUGAAGCCAUUAGAUUGUAUGAUCGAGUGAAAAGUCAAUUGAAAAGUGCACGUGCAAAAGCAUCAUCUUUCCUUAAGAGAGGCAAGAUCAUUGAGAAUAUACGGAAAAAUUUAUCACCUAUAGAAAAACAAUUAUUAUUGUCACAGGAUUCUGAUUCAGAAGAUAUUAUAAAAGUGGAUAAUCACCGGGAAUUAAAAAAAGAGAGGAAACAGAAUAAUCGAACAAUUUCACCACCAGGUGUCCUAUCCCCAUUAACAACUCUGGCCAAUGAGAAUGUAUUCACAACUCCUGUACAUACAAGCGCACGCGCUCAAAUGACGACACCAUUACCCAAUAAGAGUCCUUUCUCACCUGCUUCAAAUGCUCCUUCUUCCCCUUCAACAGUCAAGUCUUCAAUUAAAAACUCAACAAGUCGAGGUGAACCAUAUUCAACUAGACGAAUAACAAGAUCAAUGACAAGAAAACAACCAACACCCUUUCAUCGAGGACAAUCAAACUAG